CUGAGACCUAAGACCUAACCUAGGACGUAAUACAGUACAUCUUUUUCUUCCCUUAAAUUAGGUUUCGCAGCAUUGGUACAGUCUUUAAAAUAUAUCGUCAAAUCAACAUCCAAACAUCAAGUCCAAUCAAAGUAAAAGCUUCUCUUAUGCUAAUGCUUCUUGUCUUCUUGCUGUGUGUUUGUCAUGAACAGUUUCUUAUAGAGUCUCUGCAACCACAAAACCCAGCUGGACUCAGAGUGUCACUGUUGAAGAGAGUGGUGAGUUAAACAUGUUCUAAAAAAGAAAAAAAAACAUGUUAAAAAUGUAUCAGCGCUGAAGAAAAUACACAUCUUGAAUGCAACAAUGCAUGUUUCCUAAAAAAUAUUAAAUUAGUAAAAAUGACAUCUUCUGCUUAACUACCAAUUGUGUUUAUUGUGAACAGUUUCCCCUAGAGUUUCUUUAAGCACAAAACCCAGCUGGACUCAGUCAUUCAUUAAUGAGAACACAACGAAUAAUGCCACUGCUGGAGUAACUGGUGAGUUUAACAUGUUCUAAAAAAUAAAAAAAAAACAUGUUAAAAAUGUAUCAGCACUGAAGAAAAUACACAUCUUGAUUGCAACAAUAAAUAUUUCGUCACUAAGAAAUAAUAAAAUAGUAAAUGACAAUUCUGAUUAAUUCUACUUAACUACCAAUUGUGUUUAUUUUGAACAGUUUCCCCUAGAGCGUCUGUGACCAAACAACCCAGCUGGACUCAGAUGUUCAGUGGUGAGAGCAUCACUCUCACAUGUGAGAUCCAUGGAGGUGGAGACACUCAGUGGGCGUAUGAAUGGACAACAACCAGCUCAAACCAACCUGCUAAUAAAACUGGUAAAGUGUUGAGGAUCAGCAGAGCUGAUGUGAAUGACAGUGGAAACUACUGGUGCAUGGGUAGAAGAAACUAUGAGUCAACACAGUGGAGUGACUCCAUCACACUGACAGUAACAUAUAAACCCAGAGCCUCACUGACAUCAGACAACACAGUCAUAGCAGCAGGAGGGAGCGUGACACUGAGCUGCUCUGUGGACGGUUCUGAUGGAUGGAAAUACGACUGGUUCAGAUCAGAAACUCUGAUCAGAACAAACACUGAAUCUAGUACCAGAAUCACAGAUGGAGGCAACUAUUACUGCAGAGGAGGAAGAGGAACCCCAGUUUACUACACACAGAACAGUGUCUCAGUCACUGUUGAGGAAACAGUUUCCAACAAGGCUGCUGUAAAAAGGCAGCAUGACUGGCCUGAGAUAUUCAAAGGAGAGGAGAUCACUCUGACAUGUGAGAUCCAGGCUGGAGACACUGAGUGGGAAUAUGAAUGGACCCGAGGCAACUUAAGAAGAACUCCAGAUGGGAGUAAAGUCUGGGUUUUCACUGCUUCUGGUUCCAGUAGUGGAGACUACAAGUGUAGGGGUCGACAGAAAACCAACAGUUAUUCCUUCACAGCAUGGAGUGAUCCUCUACGUUUGAUAGUAACAGGUGAGUUUGAUUCAUUCAUUGUUACAUUUGUAAUGAUUCAUUAUUACAUACAGGACAACUUUAACAAUCAUUGA